AUGUCUUUAGAACCCGUUGAUGUGCUGAUCAUUGGUGCCGGUGCGUCCGGUGCCGCCAUUGCCUAUUCGUUGGCAGAGACCCGUAUGCAGAUCGUGGCGCUGGAGCAGGGCGGGUGGAUGAAUCCGCUGACCUACCCCAGCACCGGUCGCGACUGGGAAGCUCGGGCCUGGGGAGAUAUGUCGAUCAAUCCGAAUCGCCGCGGUCUGGCGUCAGAUUAUCCUGUGAACGAUAGCAACUCACCCAUUUCGGUGGCCAAUUUCAAUGCCGUUGGCGGCAGCACCAUUUUAUAUGCCGGGCACUACCCCAGAUUUCAUCCGUCUGAUUUCCGGGUGCGUUCCCUGGAUGGGGUAGGUGACGACUGGCCCAUUGAUUACGCCACGCUGGAAUCCUAUUACGAAGAAAAUGAUCGCAUCACGGGCGUUUCCGGUUUAACAGGUGAUCCUGCUUAUCCGCCCAAAGAAGUCCCCAUGCCACCUGUGCCGCUGGGCAAAGCCGGAGCCGCUCUGGCCAAAGGGUUUAACGAACUGGACUGGCAUUGGUGGCCUUCCGAUACCGCGGUGGCCACCGAAGAUUACGAUGGGCGUGCUCAGUGUAUCAAUCUUGGCGCCUGCCUCAGCGGUUGUGCUCAGGGUGCCAAAGCCACCACGGAUAUUACCUAUUGGCCACAUGCGGUGCGGGCUGGAGUUGAGGUGCGCACUCACGCCCGGGUCCGCGAGAUCACCCUGGACGAUGCCGGCAUGGCCAAUGGUGCCAUCUAUUAUGACGAGCAUGGAGUAGAGCAAUUUCAGCCGGCGCAUGUGGUCAUUAUGGCGUGCAACGGUGUGGGCACCCCGCGGAUUCUGUUGAAUUCAAAAUCCGAGCGUUUUCCGAACGGCCUGGCUAACUCAAGUGGUCUCGUGGGCAAAAACCUCAUGUUUCAUCCGUAUUCGAUGAUCCGCGGCAUAUUUGAGGAAGAGCUGGAUGGUCCUAAAGGUCCCAGCGUGUGCAUCCAGAGCCAGGAGUUUUAUGAGACGGACAGCCGUCGCGGUUUUCUGCGCGGUUUCACUUAUGAAAUAAACCGCGGCAAUGGCCCUGUCACGACUGCGCUGCAUGGCAUGUUAUCCGGCCGUAUUCCCUGGGGUGAAGGACAUCAUGAAGGUUUUGCAAAGCUGCAGAACCGUGUCACCGGCAUGGUCGGCAUCUGUGAAGAUCUGCCUGAGGAACACAAUACGGUCACUCUGGAUGCCACCCUCACUGAUGCACACGGUAUUCCUGCACCAAAAAUUGACUACACCCUCAGUGACAACAGCCUGAAGAUGCUGGAGUUUUCUGUGGAACGCGCCACUGAAGUGUUACGUGCCGCGGGUGCCGUGGAUGUGUAUCACGAAUCGCCCAUUGCGGUAGGGGGCUGGCACCUGAUGGGUACCGCUCGAAUGGGCACAGACCCGCAGCGGUCGGUGGUGAAUGAAUGGGGCCGCAGCCAUGAUGUGAAAAAUCUGUUUGUGGUCGACGGCAGUAUUUUUGUGACGUCAGCGGGGGUGAAUCCAACCCGAACGAUUCAGGCCCUGGCGUUGUAUGUUGCGGAUAAAAUGAAACAGAACCUGGCUAACUUGUUUGAUUAG